AUGGCCGAUCAAGUAACCAAGGACUUGGAUGAAGGAUUGAAUGUUAUAAAAGAUGGUAUGAAAAAAAUUACAAACAUAUUGGAGGAACAUAUCGAUCAGCCGAUUGACGGUAAUCUACAUAUGCAUAUUAGAUACAAGAGUUUGGUCAGUGAUUACAUAUGUACAACGGUUUUACCUGCUUUAAGAGAGAAGCAAGGUGAGUUCAUGUUGAGAGAAUUUGUGAGACGUUGGAAAAUUCACAACGUGAUGGUCCCAUGGAUGUCUUCAUUCUUUAAAUAUGUGGAUCGCUUCUACAUUUCAGAGCAUAACCUUCCUUCAAUAGAAGAAGUUGGACUCAAGACAUUUAUUGACUUGGUAUAUGAUGAGUUAAAGAUUAAUGUAAGGAAUGCAGUGAUUACUCUGAUUGAACCUGAACGUGAGGGGGAGCUAAUUGAGCGAUCUUUAUUGAAAAAUGCUGUGGGCAUAUUUGUUGAGGCUGGAAUGGGUGACAUGGAUUACUAUGUGAACGACUUUGAAGCACCAAUGUUAGAAGCAUCUGAAACUUACUAUUCUCGAAAGGCUGCAUUAUGGAUUACAGAGUAUUCUUGUCCUGGAUAUUGUCUGAAGGUUGAGAAAUGUUUGCACCUUGAGAAAGAUAGGGUUUCCAAUUAUUUGCAAGCCAGCAGUGAGAAGAAGUUAUUAAAUGGAUUCAUCCAGAAGCUUUUUGAUAUGUAUGACAAGUACGAGCAUUAUGUCCAAGAGCGUUAUCAGAACAAUGAGCUAUUUCAAAAGGUUCUAGAAGAGGAAUUUACGAAAUUCUGCAACGAAGGAUAUAAAGAAAUCUCGAUUAUGGAAUUACUGUCUGCAUUUUCUGAUAACAUGCUAAAGAAGGACAGUAGUGAGAAAUUAAAUGAUAAUGAGAUUGAACUUGCACUUGAAAAGGUUGUGAAAAUUCUACACUACAUUAUAGAAAAAGAUAUAUUUGCAGAGUUUUACAGGAAAAAGCUUGCUCGUAGAUUGUUAUCCCACAGAAGUGCAUAUGUUUCUAAUGAACAAAGCAUGUUGGCGAAAUUGAAGCAGGAAAUUGGGAUACAAUAUACAAGAAAGAUGGAGGGCAUGGUUAAUGACUUAACUCUAUCGAAGGAUCUCCAAGAUAAAUUUGUGGCGUAUCUUAACAGAGAAGACAUUCAUGUUGGAUUAGAUUUGAGUGUCACUGUCCUUACUAGUGGAUUAUGGCCACCCUACAACACCACUAAUAUCGAUCUUCCUAGUGAGCUGGGUAGAUGUAUAAUUGCAUUCAAUCAAUUCUAUUGUGAUGAAGCUAAGGAUCGCAGACUUCAAUGGAUGUUUUCUCUCGGGACCUGCACCGUGGAAGGCAGGUUUAUUGCCAAGACAAUAGAGCUGGUAUUAUCGCCUUAUCAGGCCUCUUUAUUAAUGUUGUUCAAUGAAUCUGAGAGACUCAGUUUUGAUGACAUCAAAUCUCAAUUGAAGUUGGAAGAUGACGACGUAACUAGAGUGUUGUAUUCACUUGCUUGUUCAAAGUACAAAGUCCUCCUCAAGGAGCCAAACACAAAGAAAAUAUCACCUACUGACUAUUUUGUGUUCAAUUCAGAAUUUACAGACAACAGUAAAAGAAUAGAGAUUCCACUUCCCCACAUUGAUGAGAAGAUGAAAGUGAAGGAAGAGAGAACUCUUGAAAUAGAGGCUGCAAUAGUUCACAUCAUGAAGAGAGAAAGGGAAUUAUCUUUUCAGAAGCUAUAG